AUGUAUAGUUUUAAACUUGAAACUCUUGAGCAGGUAAAUAAUACACUUCCAUUAAUUUUUUAUAAUUAUAUUUUUCAUUUAAUUACAUCUUUCAUGGUUAAAUAUAUUUGUAUUAGUGGAGAAGUACAUAAUAGUUUAUUCUAUUCUAUCCUACAAACUAUUGUUGAGCCUGCUACCCUCGGUUAUCACUAG